CUUGUGUCGAGCCCAGACUAACAAGGUCCCCGCUCACUGCGCUAAACAAAACCGCAUCGAUAUUCCCCUGCUCGCUCGCUACGUCAGACCUAGAACAAAAAGAUCUACAGCGUCUUUGCUCUUGCCUCUUUGCGCCCAUCACAACCUCGCGUCAAGUCUCGAUCCCUCUCGAAACUCACACUUAGCCUUGUCACCAGAGCUUGUUUCUAGGCGCAACAUCAGUUCAUACACAGACGAUACACUUAAGCAGCAUGGCCACAUCCGUGGGCCAGAGCAGCCUCGACAAUGAUACUCGCGGCUGGAUCAUGUGUGUUGUCAGCGGCAUUGCUUGCGUUGUUGGCGCCUCCAUAGUAUGCGUUGACGUUAUCGUUCGACUAUUUCCUGGCAAGAGAAACUUUCGCAUCCAGGAUAGCAACGUCUUCUUAGCUUGCUCCCUCAGCUUGAGUUUCGGUGUUAUGCUAUUUUCCGCAUUGUAUAGUAUGCUACCGGAGUCCAAGGAAUAUUUCCAGCAGGCCAAAUGGCCUACUCAAGCUGCUGGCCUGGUUAUGAUGUCCUGCUUUGCUGGUGGUUUCAUCGGCAUUCAGGGAGUUUCGCGAUUGCUUCACCAGUUCAUGCCUACCCACGUCGUCGAAUGCGAUCAUACACACGAUGAAAAUGCGACCAAAGACACCUCAUGUCACCACGAGAGGAGACAGUCUCGUGCCCGUCGUCGACAAUCUUCCCAUCCGCCGCCUGAACAAGCACCUGUCAACAAGUCGCUUUCCAAAUUAACCAACGGUAACGGACAAAAUGCUGCGACCGAGUCUACACCUCUGCUGGAAUCCACUUUGAAUAGCCCAACGCAACCUCUUAAGAGACAAGCGUCUGCCCGAGAUGGAAUGCGACGUCCUGCUAGUCCAACACGAAGCCGUACCACCACAGGACUUACGGAUGGCUUCCCUGAGAGGAGGAAAUCCAUGCGAGAAGUUCACAAGCGAGUCAUGUCCUUCGUACAAGAUACAAAGUGCAAUUGCGACGAGUCGAACUCCUGCUACGGAUUCACAGACCCUUGUGGCCAAGAGUGCUUCAAGCAUCUAAGUAGCCGAACCAGUCUACCGAGCAGACCUGGAAGACAAACCCAGAUUCUGCGCACUACCACUGGAUCAUUCCUGAACCGCGCGCCUGAACAUUCGCAUGCUCACCACGAUCAUGAGCAUGAGCAUGAGAAUGGAUGUGAAGACUCUGUUGAGCCCUUUGCGAGACCAACAUAUCGAACCAGCAGAGCCAAGUCGCGAGAGCCAUUAGAUCCGAUAGUUCCGGAGGAACUCUCUGAACACGAUAGCUCAUGCUCAUCUGCAGGAGACGACGAAGAUGUCGAAGCUCAACAUCAUCACCACGUUCCAACAAAUGCAUUCUUGUCCAUUGGCCUCCAGACCUCCAUUGCCAUUGCUCUGCACAAGUUUCCUGAAGGAUUCAUCACCUACGCUACCAACCACGUAAACCCAUCUCUAGGUUUCAAUGUUUUCAUGGCACUAUUUGUCCAUAACAUCACCGAAGGCUUCGCCAUGUGUCUGCCGCUAUACAUGGCUCUGGGUUCUCGCUGGCGCGCCAUGGCAUGGUCGGCCUUUCUCGGUGGUCUUUCUCAGCCCAUUGGCGCGGGCGUUGCGGCCCUAUGGUUCAAGCUCGCCGAUAAGACCAAUAUGCAACCCAAUGCAGUUGCUUACGGGUGUCUCUUUGCUGUCACUUCCGGCAUUAUGGUUAGUGUCGCAUUGCAGUUGUUUGUGGAGAGUCUAAGUCUCAACCAUAGCCGUAACCUCUGCAUCUUCUUUGGCUUCCUUGGCAUGGCUUUACUGGGAUUCAGUAACGCUUUGGUGGGCUCUCACUAGUUGGUCAGCCUUGUACGAGACAUAUAAAUACUUAGCCAGUAUCUUUUUAUGCUGGACGGGCUUACGCUCUGACAUUCGUUCCUGUCAUUACUUGACUCCUUUUCUUGCGCGGUGUUGGUCUGGGCUGUAAGUGGGCUUGUACUUAGGCUUCAUUGGGAGGGGCAUAAAAUCAUUUUGGGUUUCGGCAUUCGGUAUACUGAUAGAAAGGAAAGAAUUUCACUUAUACCCAGGGACUGGGUACACUUGGUCAAACAA